AUGGUACGGGUGCCAUCUGCGGCAAAGAAAAAAGCUCAGCAAACGAAGGAGCAGAAAUCGCAAGCUCGCCUUCAUCGCAAGGAGUUAUGGUGCUCCAUCGAUGCCGAAAGAGAAAAUUACAAUGGGGCAAUAGUCCGCUUGGCCCAAGGCCAUGCUAAGUCACGGCCGUGGGUUGCAAUGCAACUUUAUUCUGGAGGGAAGCUCCUUGCGGCCGCUCGCAGAAAAAACUUGUAUAACGCUGUGCUGCACGACAGAGCACUCAAGCGGAAAGAACAAGGUCUUACCGGCAGCGGACGUGAGGCACUUAUCAGUCUUUCCCAAGAGGUCUCCAUGUCAAACUGGAAGAACUUACUGAAGGACGAAGAAGAGCGCAUUCUCGCUCAGCUUGAGAGUAGCCGCCAGGAGAAAGCGGCCAUCAAGAAGAUGCCAAUGAAGAAGGUGGCUUACGAUAUUGAGAAGACCAUGAGCCGAAUUGACCCAGAGUUGCUUGGCUUGUCUCAGCGCACCGGUUGCCAGUACCUGUCAUUCGUUAUGCGAAGUGAUGUGACCGAUAAUUGGACUACACGAACCUCCACUACCUCGAAGGUCACCGAAGCUUGCAUGCAGCUCUUCAAGAACACGCCGGAGGAGAUGGCUAUGAAAAUUGAAGCAUACCUGACAACCAGACUCGCAGGUGUCAUCAAGGCUACCGGGGGCAAGCGAUCCGAAGUUCGCGCUGCGAUCACAAAGGGCUUUCAUGAUAUCUUACUGUCUAAGGGAUCAAUCAAUAAGGACGACUUACCGAGCAUGGCGUGGGCACACUACGAAAAGCUGGUGUGCACGUACGGCGUUGAACUGCGCGGAUGGACCGAGCCUGGACCUGUGUGCAACCCCGGAGAUUUCAAGACUAUUCAUCAGCUGGAACACCUUCAUGCUGCUCUUCAAGGCGACGAACCUAUUUGUCACUGGGUUGAGCUGGACGACACGAUGUGGGAAGCCCGCAAGGAGGCCCGCCGCAUCUCAAUUUUGAACGGAACGAUGAAGCAGUGCAAGUCACGAGGUGGCAUCACCAAGAGUGGAAGAGGGAAAGGACCGUGCAGUGCCGAAACCAUCGAUGACGAGGAUGGCGGAGAGGAGAUGCCUGCAUCAAUGCCCGAGAACGUCGAAGGUAGCGCUGGGAGAAGCGGCGUGAUGAACUAG